AUGCUUGCGGGAGCUGCCGCGGCAGAAGCCAUGCUGCAGGAUGGUGCAGCGGGGCAGGAGGUGACGAAGUAUGAGGCCGACGUGCGUUCAUCUUGGGUUUGGGAUGAGCUGACGCGAGUCCGCAACUUCAAGCCCGCUUGGCACGCGGGGAUGUGGCCGGGCUUGAGCUAUGGUGGAUUUUCGCUGAUGCUGGCGCGCGGCAAGGAGCCCUGGACUUUCCGCUGGUCUAAGAAGGAUAGCGAGUACACGAAGCCAGCUGGAGAUUGUGAGAAGAUUGACUACCCUAAGCCUGAUGGUGUUGUCUCCUUCGACUUGCUGGAAAACCUGGCUCGAAGUGGAGUUAACCAUGAGCAUGACCAGCCGGCACAUCUCAAGGUGAAGGAAGACCACAAGCGUGUGCCGCUUGAAGUCUCCCUUCCAGUGUAUGACGGUCCUGAAGGUCGUUUUUGCCCUGCAAAGGUCUACGAGUAUGUUCCCGAUGAGGAGAGAGAAGGAAGCAUGAAACUGCAGAUCAAUGCGCAGAACUGCGUCCACUGCAAAUGCUGUUCCAUCAAGACGCCGCAGGAGUUCAUCAAUUGGACUGUCCCUGAAGGUGGAGGUGGACCACAGUAUGCUGCCAUGUGA